AGCUGGCAGUCUCCUCAGUCGUCAGACUAGUGCUAGCGACACGGGAGUGGCUAACACAUCCUCUUGCCGUUCCCAGUGUUUGGGCCUUGCCUGUGAUGGUGGGAAAAGAAAAUGGCCUUGCUGUGCUACAACUGGGGCUGCGGUCAGUGCUUCGAUCCUGAGACCAAUUCUGAUGAUACUUGCACAUACCACCCAGGUGUCCCAGUCUUUCACGAUGCAUUAAAGGGCUAUACAUAAGGUAGACAUAAUAGUGAGAAGCCACCUGAGCCAGUCAAACCUGAAGUCAAGACUACUGAGAAGAAGGAACUAUCUGAAUUGAAACCCAAAUCAGAACACAUCAUUCAAGCUCCUAAGUUAGUAGAAGCAAUAAAAAUGCCAAGCCCAGAUGAACCAAUGACAAAUUUGGAAUUAAAAAUAUCUGCCUUUCUAAAACAAGCACUUGACAAACUGUCAUCAGGGAAUGACGAAGAUAAGAAAGAAGAAGACAAUGAUGAAAUUAAGGUUGGGACCUCAUGUAAGAAUGGAGGGUGUUCAAAGACAUAUAGGUGUCUAGAAAGUCUAGAAGAAGUCUGUGUAUAUCAAUCUGGAGUACCUAUUUUCCAUGAGGGGAUGAAAUACCUAAGCUGUUGUAGAAGAAAAUCUUCUGACUUUAAUACAUUCUUAGCCCAAGAGGGCUGUACAACAGGGAAACACAUGUGGACUAAAAAGGAUGCUGGGAAAAAAGUUGUUCCAUGUACACAUAACUGGCAUCAGACUGGAGGUGAAGUUACCAUUUCAGUAUAUGCUAAAGAUUCACUUCCAGAAGUUAGUCGAGUAGAAGCCCAUAGCACAUUGUUAAAUGUGCACAUUGUAUUUGAAGGAGAGAAGGAAUUUGAUCAAAAUGUGAAAAUAUGGGGUGUGACUGAUGUAAAGUGAAGUUAUGUAACUACAACUGCAACAAAGAUUGAGAUCACUAUGAGAAAAGCUGAACCGAUGCAGUGGGCAAGCCUUGAACUGUCUGCAGUGAAAAAGCAGGAAAAGCAAAAAGAUGACCCAGUAGAUUGAGUGGGAGGUGGGAGGAAGGCUAUUACAUAUUUCAGAAUUCUUAAUACUGUGUGAAGUGGUGGCUUGCUGCUGUAAUCUUUUGUUUUGUUGUUGUGUUAUUGAAUGUGGCAUUUCAGGGUUAACAUUAGGUUCUUAAAAGCCAAAGUCAGUUUGUCUUUUUGUGCCUCUCAUCUUUCUUUUGUGUUAUGUAAGAUUGAUUGAUUAUUCAUUUCUCCUUACUGGUAGGAACCAUAGUUGUGUCCUGUACUUGAAGAGGCUAGAACAUAGCCCAUAACCAUAAUUGCAGUAUUUCUUUAUAUUUCUCUGUUAAGAAUAUAAAUAUUAAGGAACAUGUUUUUACAUCUUUCUAUUAUUCCAUA